CCUCUACUCAGCCUGAAGCCUCUACUCAGCCUGAUGCCUCUCUUCAGCCUGAUGCCUCUCUUCAGCCUGAUGCCGGCCAGUUGACUCGAUGCCCGCUGUUGAUCCAGAUGAUCCGGUACCUGAUCCGGUGCCCGCUGUCGAGCCAAAUGACCUGAUGCCUGGUGACCCAGUGCCCGCUGUCAUACCUGGUGACCCGAUGCCCGCUGUCGAGCCAGACAAUCCGGUACCUGAUGACCCGCCCACUGCCUUGCCAGAUGACGCGGUGCCCGCUGUCGAGCCAAAUGACCUGAUGCUGGUGACCCAGUGCCCGCUGUCCAGCCAGACGAUCCAAUGUCUGACCCAGUGCCCGCGGUCAUACCAGUUGACUCGGAGCCCACGGUUGUGCCUGGUGACUCGGUGCCCGCCGCCCCGCCUGGGGGCCUGAGACCUGUCGUUCCGCCUGGGGGUCCGGCGCCCGCCACUCCGCCUGAGGGUCCGAGACCUGUCGCUCCGCCUGGGGGUCCGGCGACCGCCGCUCCGCUUGAGGGCCCGAGACCUGUCGCUCCUCCUGGGGGUCCGGCGCCCGCCGCUCCGCCUGAGGGCCCGAGACCUGUCGCUCCGUCUGGGGGUCCGGCGCCCGCCGCUCCGCC